AUGGGGUUAAAUGAGUCUUUCAGUCAUGUGAGAAGUGAUUUGUUGCUGAAAAGUGAAGUACCUAGCAUUAACCAAGCGUAUGCAAUUGUAAUUCAAGAGGAAAAUCAAAGACUAUUAGGUGUAGUGGAUUCAAACAAAGAGCCACUUACCAUGAUGGCAGGAAGGGGACAAGGACAAGGAUUCAAAGGGAAAAAGGUGUUACCAGGCAAUGGCAAUACUGGAUGUGAGAUCUGUGGUUUCAAAAAUCAUGUAACAGAAAAAUGUUAUAGGCUGGUAGGUUAUCCUUCUGACUUCAAGAGCAAGAGGAAGCAAUCAGAUUCUAGUGGAUCAUACCAGAACAACAGUGCAGGUUUUAAGUCACCUGGAUCUUAUAGCAGUAAUGCUUACAACAACACUGGUAAUUUCAAGCCAUAUGCUAACAAUGCUUUAGUGGAUAAACAGAAGCAGGAUUUUGAAUUCACAAAGGAAGAAUACAAUCAAAUAAAGAAUCUAUUACAUAACAAAGAACCAAGUGACUGCAAGGCUAACUUGAUAGGAAGCAGAGCUCAAGUGAAUCAUACAGGCAAUUCAGUCAUAUUUGGAAAUCAAACAGUGAAGGAUGUACUUCAUGAACUUUACAGUGGCAAGGUGAUUGGUAUUGGUAAAGAGGUUUAUGGUCUAUACUUACUACAACGUGCUAAUAGAGCAAUAUCAAUAACGGAUGCAAUUUUGACUCACUUGUGGCACUUCGGACUUGGGAAUCCAUCUAUCAAGGUUGUGAGAACUGAUAAUGGCACUGAUCUCUUUAACUCUAAAUCCAGAGCACUGAUGUUUCAUAGUGAAAUGCCUAUCAGAUUUUGGGGAAAUUGUGUUAAAACAAUAUCUUAUCUGAAUAAUAGAAUGCCUACAACUGUUCUACAAGGGAAGUCACCAUAUGAACUUCUAUAUAAACGAGCACCUAAUCUAGAACAUCUGAGGGUGUUUGGAUGUCAGUGUUUUGUAUCAGUUUUGCCAAGGAGAGAUAAAUUAUCUCCAAGGGCAAAAAGAUCAGUCUUCAUUGGGUACUUAGAAACACAAAAAGGAUACAAAGUCAUGGAUUUGGAGACUCAUGUCAUAUUUGUAAGCAGGGAGGUUACCUUCAUGGAGACUUCAUUUCCUUUGAAGGAUUAUAUCACAGGAGAAGUAUCAUCAUUCACAGAUCAUAAUGUUCCCAUACAAAUGGACAUGUUUGAUCAUGCAGAUGUUAAUAUAUCUCAAAGUUUUGUAUAUUUUGUUGAAGAACAUGUUAGUCCUGUGUAUUCAACAGUUGAAGCGACACUAGACAAUCCUAUAUAA